GCGCGUUUGGGUUUGAGGAACGCGAAUCUCCGACUGACAUAUCUUCCUCCUCCGCUGGACCCCCCGGGGCUCCGAAGACGCGGAUCGGUUUUCACCGGCAGCAACAACGACGACGACGAUGAGAACGACGUGACAGAAGACGGAGCGGAUUAGUCUGUUUCCAAAGACUGCCUCUAACGACGAUGCCGUCAUCGAUUCCCAGACAGCUGUUGCUGUUUCGCGUUCCGCUGUUUUAGGCGGCGUGCCGGACGCUGACGAGGAAGGCGUCUCUGUGCGUCUUGGAGAGGGGCAGGGUGGGGACGCCGGCGACGCGCAGCAGCACCAACAUCAGAGCGGUCGGCUCGGGGUUCGGAUCAUCCGGCAGCCUCCCGGGCGUUGAGGCGCCGUCGGAGCGGACCGCGCGAUGCGCACCGACCACCUUCGUCUCGGCGUCUCUCCCUGAGAUCCCAUCGAGUCAUGUCUGAAACGGAGCGAUGGGCAAGUUCGACGACAACGAGAGGAUAAUCCUCAACGUCGGGGGCACGAGGCACGAAACCUACAAGAGCACCCUGAAGACCCUGCCGGGGACGCGCCUGGCCCUGCUCGCCUGCGACUCGGACAUCGACUCCGUGCUGGACCAGCUGCAACAAGUCCCCGGCUUCAUCGAGUACAACGCGCGGACCAACGAGUACUUCUUCGACCGCCACCCGGGCGUCUUCGCCUACGUGCUCAACUACUACCGCACCGGGAAGCUGCACUGCCCGGCGGACGUGUGCGGACCGCUGUUCGAGGAAGAGCUCUCCUUCUGGGGCAUCGAUGAGACGGACGUGGAGCCGUGCUGCUGGAUGACCUACCGGCAGCACCGCGACGCGGAGGAGGCGCUGGACGUGUUCGAGCUCAACGUGGACACCACCUGCGAGGAGGACGACGAGGUCGGCAAGAGGCUGGGGAUCGAGGACGUGGCGGCGGACGCGAACGUCGGCCUGUGGAGGAAGUGGCAGCCGGUGAUCUGGAACCUGUUCGAGGACCCGUACUCCUCCAGGGCGGCGCGGUUCAUUGCCUUUGCGUCUUUGUUCUUCAUCCUGGUCUCCAUCACCACCUUCUGCUUGGAGACCCAUGAGGCUUUCAACAAAAUCAUCAACAAGACCGACGCGCGGAACAGCAGCGAGCCGGACCCGGCGCCGCAGUAUGAGAUUGAGACCGAUCCCGCUCUCACAUACGUGGAGGGAGUUUGCGUGUUCUGGUUCACCAUCGAAUUUCUCGUGCGCGUCACCUUCUGCCCAGUCAAGUUGGAGUUUGUUAAGAGCGUUCUCAACAUCAUCGACUUUGUGGCCAUUCUGCCCUUCUACCUGGAGGUAGGGCUGAGCGGCCUCUCUUCGAAGGCCGCCAAGGACGUCUUGGGUUUUCUCAGGGUGGUGCGCUUCGUCCGGAUUCUGCGCAUCUUCAAGCUAACGCGUCAUUUUGUAGGGCUCAGGGUGCUGGGCCAUACAUUGCGGGCCAGCACCAAUGAAUUUCUGCUGCUAAUCAUCUUCCUGGCGUUGGGUGUUUUGAUUUUUGCCACCAUGAUAUAUUACGCCGAAAGGAUCGGUGCCAAGCCCAAUGACCCCACAGCCACUGACCACACCAAGUUCAAGAACAUUCCCAUCGGCUUCUGGUGGGCUGUGGUGACCAUGACUACUUUGGGCUAUGGAGAUAUGUAUCCAGAGACCUGGUCAGGCAUGGUGGUGGGAGCGUUGUGCGCUUUAGCCGGUGUGCUGACGAUAGCCAUGCCUGUGCCCGUUAUCGUCAAUAACUUUGGAAUGUACUACUCUUUGGCCAUGGCUAAACAGAAGCUGCCCAAGAAAAGGAAGAAACACAUCCCUCAGGCAGUGCAGGGAAGUUCUCCGACGUACUGUAAAGGGGACCUCAAUUUGACCUGCAACAGCACUCAAGGUGACUUGUGCCACGUCAAAGGGGGUAGAUUACUAGAACGCAACCGUUCAGUUCUGUCGGCAGACUGCAGCGCUGGCAGCGACCUGAGCAUGUCUCCAGAGGAGAUGGUCCCCAUGCGACGGUCCAGCAUCCGGGAGCACGACCGGCGAAGUGGCGGCACGUGCUUCCUCCUCGCUGCCAGUGACUACACGUGCCCCGCUGACGGAGGGAUGAGAAAACCAGGUAACUGCACGUGCUAUGAGAAAUCCCGGAGCUUAAACAACAUUUCUGGCAUGGCCUGCAACACCCUGCGGUUGUCUCCCGUGACCUCCCCCUGCCCGCUGCGCCGCUCCCGCUCCCCUAUCCCAUCCAUCCUGUGAGGCAUCCAACCUAAAAAGAACGCCCUCCCUCCCUGCCUCGGCAUCGUGUCUGAACUCACAUAUUGCCUACAUCGCAGCUGAGACUUAACUGCCAGGCUGGCAAAUCUCAGCAAGCAAGGAAGGAGCAUGAGCUAACAUCCUUAAGUAACACGAUUAUUCUACUUUGUCACUUGGAGUUCCCUUAAGUUCGACGCUGUCAUUUGAGACUUGCAAUAAAGGAACUCUGACUGAAGUAGCCGCCAUCCACCAUGUGAUCCAUAUGUACUAAUCAGGGAUAUUAAAUGUUGUCAUAUUUAGACAUCAUCAACCAAGAUGUGCUUCCAGCGACAAAAGGAUAAAGAGAUGUCACAGCAUUUCAACCACAUGACUGUAACUUUGCUUUAUGGUUUGGUGUUAUUUUUGGGUUUGAAGCGGAACGAAACGGUGAGAGAGUGUAAGUUUCAUCUCACACCAGCGCUUGUGUCUGUGCAAGGACCUGGUUUGGCAAACAGUUCGAAGGAGGAGAAAAGCUUGAGGAUUUAUAUGCCGACAUACAUAAAAAUGCGUCUUUUCCUCUUUCUUUUUUUCAUUUUUCUUAUUUUUGGUUCCACUGAGUGCCACCAAACUUGCUGUGUUUCUGGUUGUUUUACUGGCAGAUAACUGCAAAGAGGUGGUCUUUACUGGUUUCACACAAGCAGAGAGCAGCGUUCUAUCUUAAUGGCUUUGGGAGACGGAACCACCAUGGCAGAAAGUGGGAUAAGACUGUCAUCAGUAAUGGCGACCUAUUGCAGUGGGAGACCGCCCUCUGAACCCACCAGCGGGGAGCCACCAGGCCACUGCCACCGGACGACACGGAGGAAGGACCCUGCACGGAAGCUAAUGACUGACAGCAACCCAGCUUACUGUUCUGCCAACAAGGAAGAAACUUAUUGGUAAAACAACAAGAAAAAUUCUGGGAGGACUUUGAUAUGUUAAGCCCUCUCACGCUGUUAUUUUAUUUUCCUGUUUAUCUGAGGGGGCAAAAGUAAAAAAAAAAAUUUUAAAAAAAACAGGUCCUAAAGAAAGUUUAUGACAUGGACGUUGCUCCUGUAAAUACAAUCACUGCAGCACAUCUGGGACAAGUGGCUCUGUCCACACAUCUGUCGGGUGUCGAGGUGGAUGCUAUGGUAGCUACGUAACGUCGUGACACUCGGCAUCGAUCCCUCUUCUCGCUGUGGUAUCUCCUUUCCAUCGCAAUAAGUGUAUUAAGACGUAUCCGUUGAGGCACUUUGUGUUUUUGAAAAUGGAGUGUUAAUCGUAUCAGAUACUCUACUUAAGGUAUACACAGCGUAGAGAGAGAUAAUGUGCUAAGCUGAAUAAAUACAACAUCACAGUCAUCUAUGCUUACUUCUUAUUGGGUGACAUACAUCGGGCCCCGCCCACGCUAACACCGGGGAUCUCUAUUCUGUCUUUGCACUUCCCUUCAGCAAACGAACCAAUUUCCAAUUGGAAAUAAUUUGAGAUCUUAAAGUCAAGUCUGUGUUGGGGUGUUUACAUGCACUCUGGAUUCAGGUAAUGUUGCCUUGAAUUGCUUUUUGGUUCCUUCCUAUAUCCAUUUCAGAUAUUUAAACAAACUCCAUUUUAUAUAGUUUAUAUCCUGAAACAAUUAUAUGUAAAUGGACAUAAAAAUGAACGGGGUAAACCAGACUUCCUGUUCCCUGAAAUCAGUUGCUAUGUAAAAAAUGUGAGUUCAUGAUGCUACAUCAGACACAAAAGGUUAUACAGCACAGUUUGUUGAUAGAUAUCUUUCAUUGGAGUGAUUUAGACUCACUUUCUCUUACAUAAUGAGUCAAAUAAGAAAAUUGUAAUUGUCUUCCCUGGCCUGGACAGGUGAAUCGACACACGAUCAAUGAAAUUGGAUGGCACCAUUUCAUAUCAAAAAAAUGAAUAAAAUCUGGUUAAAUAUGAUCCAAACUUUGACGGCAGUAUCAGUGACGUGAUUAGCACCUGAAGAAGAGACGCAACAGUCCAAAAUGUUGAUAAAUGUAUAAACACAAAUGAAUGUUCAUUAAGCUUCAAGGAAUCAUGGAAAACGUUUUCCUCAUCGCUGCUUUGGCCGGGCUCAUAAUCUUCUUUGAAAUUUAAGUCCAGUGAAUGUUGACACUAUUGCCACCUACUGGAGCCAAAUUGGUAUAGCAGCUUUUCUUAUUAGCAUUUUACAGAUUUAAAGAGGGGGGGAGACAUCAUAUAAAAAUAUAUAUAUAUCUGGUGUAACGUAGCCGGGGCCUCGGUAGACUAAAUCACAAACGUGAGUGUGUAUGUCUAUAUGUGUCCCAAAAACUCUACUAGGUGGAGAGCUGGGGUUUGAAACACUGGGUCAGGGGAGACCAGUGAGUGGACCUGAUGCUCAAUCUUCCAGUUAGUGUUAGCACAAGCGCUCUCCCUGCGACGCAGCUGCCAUUGAAGAAGCUUCCCCCCUUCACCCCUGCUAACCUCAGCCACCAAUACCUACCUGGUGCAUUUAGUGCUGCAGACUUUAUUUUUUUUCUUUCUCUCUCUUUGCAAACCAAAAUGACUCUUUAACAUUACUCCUCAUUACUUCUGGUCGCUACAGAAAAAAAAAAAGAAGAAGAGAAACAACAACUGCAUGACCUGAUUCUUCCAAGCUUUGUUUCCUCCCCUUCCCCCAACAUCUUAAACCCCACACACUCUGUUAUGGGGGACGGAGCAAAAAGUGUAGCAGAAAUUUCACCGCGUUCCGAAGCGGGACGUCUAGAGCGGUACGCGUCUGCACUGUAGCAACCCUGUGUACCCACACGAUCAGAUCGGCUUUGCAAUAAGCGAAACGGGGGAGGAGGGAAGGGAAAAACAAAACAAAACAAACAAAAAAAAUGCACCGACCCACACUGUGAUCUCAGCAGCCAGUUACAGUAGGAAAGGAAACGGAAAAGCCAGGAACAGGAAUGAGACGAAGCCCACCCAAAAACCGGCUGCUUGUUUGGUAGCGACCUUUGCAGUUUGAAGUUAUCGCCCCGUAUACACAAUCCUCCUUGUGUAGUGACCACACGCUGCUUUACUCUUUUGAGCUGUCAAAGGAGAACCGUUCUUGUGUAAUCCUAGGAUGAUGUUGUGACUUGAAAAGAAACAAACAAACAAACAAAAAAAGAGUGUUUAUUUAUUUAUUUUUGAAACCAGAAUAUGUACUUUUGUGUGUGUGUGUGUGUCAUGCUGUUGAUGACCCCGUUGCUCUGGACGGUAGAAGUCCUGGUAGUCUGACGGUGUGCUUCUCCGUCGUGCGUUCAGACCGUCGACGCUUUUGACCCGAGUUCACGUUUCGUACGUUUUACUGUGAGGAAAGUUCUAGUUUCAAGUGUGUAUUUGUGGCGCCUUCUGUUGUCAUUCUGAAAUGCAUGCUGGAAAAAAAAAAAAAGUACAAUAAAAUAAAGUCACUAUGUCAAUCUGUACAAAAAAAAAAGUUGGAGUAUGACCUCCUGUAUAUCAUUCUGUGUGGAACUAAGGUAUUACUGUGUGAAAGACUCACCUAAACGAUUUCUUUUA